UGCGUAAUUCAGUCCAAACCAUUGGACUGAAAAGCGCAGACCGCAAGUGUCCUGUCGUGCACAACCGGUCUCGUCUCCAGACAGACGGACAGAGUGGGACACAAGGAGCAGGCAACAAUGGACUGACCGACGGCACUAUGGAGCUCAUCUGUCGGCUUUUCUGCAGGAAGUGUGCCCUCCCAUGAUAAUCCGCCACUAUGGAACUCAGAUAACCCCUUCCUCUUUUCUGCACCAAUCACAGCUGUGGAUUUGAUAGAACUAUGGGAACAUGCCGUGGUCUUCGAGUGGCGUUUCUUGUGGGGUCUUUGUUUAUGAUCCUGCUGAUCAUCGUCUACUGGGAUGACGUCGGUGGCUUCAACCUCUACCCCAAACACGAGUUGAUUCAUCAGAUCAGCUGCCCUGAGACGACCGCCGGCCCGCCGCUUCUGUCAUCCACCAGCACAGCUCAGCCCAGGUCUGCCCUCACCCUCCCCACAGCUGCGUCCAGCACCACGAGGGUCCCGGAGGAGGACGGAGGAAAGGAUGACAUAAAGGAGGAGGGGAAGGAAAAGCAAGAGCAGAAACAGGAGGAAACAAAGAAGGAAGAGGAGGAGGAGGCUCUGUGGAGUCGUACUGAUGCUGAGGAUAGGAAACAAGAGGAGAGGAAGCAAAGGAUCAUGGAUGUAUGUUCGGGAAAGGACGAGGUGGAAUUCCUGGGAAGGAGUCGAGCUUUUGAUCAUAUUCCAAACGGGGAACUGGAUCACCUCAUAGUGGACGACACACAUCAGAUUAUCUACUGUUACGUCCCCAAGGUCGCUUGCACCAACUGGAAGAGAGUGCUGGUGGUUCUGUCUCAGUCUCUGAUCUCGCCCUCGUCAGGGAAACCCUACACUGACCCAGAGGCUAUUCCUUCUGAAGUCGUACACAACUCCACUCUCCACCUCACGUUUGCCAAGUUUUGGCGUCGUUAUGGUUCCCUCUCUCGCCACCUGAUGGCACUCAAGCUCCAGCACUACACCAAGUUUCUGUUUGUACGAGACCCUUUUGUUCGCCUCAUCUCUGCCUUUAGGAACAAGUUUGGAAGGCCCAACGAGGACUUCUACCGGCAGUUUGGCUCAGUGAUACUGCGUCGUUAUGGAAACGUGUCCGGGAGUUUACCAGAAACAGCAGCUGAGGCAUUUGCAGCAGGAAUAACACCUACAUUUCAGCAGUUCAUCACAUACUUGCUGGACCCAGAUACAGAGAAGGAGAGUAUCUACAAUGAACACUGGCGGCAGGUGUAUCGUCUGUGCCAUCCAUGCCAGGUCAAGUACGACUUUAUUGGACGGUUGGAAAGCCUGGAGACAGACGCAGAGCAUCUGUUGAAGACUCUGAAGGUGGAUCAUCUAAUCCGCUUCCCUUCUGGCGCCCGAAACCAAACUGCAGUGAGCUGGGAAAGAGAAUGGUUUUCACAGAUCCCCAUAGCGAUGAGGAGAAAACUGUACAAGCUGUAUGAACCAGACUUUAAGCUGUUUGGAUAUCCCAAACCUGACAGUGUGCUUCACUAGUAGAGACCACCCAGACCCAGAGGAGACCUGGUCCUGUACCUCACCUACUGCACAAAGCCAGUACAUGCCUUUAAAGACCAGCCCAUGAAGUUGCAGUUUGUUUCUAUUAUUUGUUCAUAUCUCAAAGGUCAGAAGUGCCUGCCUGUAUUAUUUUAUGGCCUUCAUUUUUGUCACAGUUUGUCAUCAUUUUGUGGUAAAGUACACUCGCUUGAAUGCUACUUUUGUGUUUCCCUCAUGUUAAUGCACUUUGAAUAGUAUUUUGUUAACUCAUGGGGAGAGGGCUGGUGCUAUUUAUCUUUGGAAUUUCUAAAAGGGAAAAUGGUACAAUGAAAUAAAGUGUUUUUGUAAAUGUGUAA